CUAUAUAACAAAUAAUUUGAGGAUGGGAGAACAUUAUGUCCAGGAAAGUCCCUAUGGGAAAACUUAAUAGGAAAAUAGGAUUUGGAUCUAUUAGAUAUCAUUCUCAUCCCACUGUUAUUCAGUCUCAAAAUAGUGCACAAACAAAUGAUGAUGCCAAAGAAAUAAAGGGAUGGGAAAAGAAAACCUUAGCACGUUUAACAUCGUUGUAUCUUGAUGAAGAAACGUCAGAUGUGGACGUUCGUGUUGGCGAACUAAUAAUUCCAGCUCAUAAAGUUAUCCUGAAGUUGAACAGCCAGUUGUUGACGGUUGGUGAAAUUGGUCACAACUCAGGAACUAAGAAAAUGGAAGUUGAACUUUUGCCUGAGUUCGCAGAACUUUUUGAUGUUGUCUCUGAAAUUGUGGAAAGCUUUUAUACCGGAAAGAUUUUGCUUACUGAUAAGAAUGCUAAGGCUGUGUACAAAUUUGCUAAAAGUUACGAUGUCCCAUUGCUUCUCAAAAAGACAUAUCCAUACCUGGUAAAAAUGAUAACUGAAGAAGGCUUCCCAAGUAUGUUGGACUUUUCUCAAAAUGUCAACUGCUCUAAGUUGAUGAAAUGUUGCCUGAGGAAGUUUGAUAAUAGCCUAUCAAAAGUUUUGAGGGAAUCAGAGGAGUUUCUUGAACUUGAUUACUAUCGCAUCAAGCUUCUAACUUCCUCCUCACAUAUCAAAGUCGAUGAAGGAAAACUGUUCAAAGUAAUUUGCAAAUGGUUAGAUCACAAACCAAUGGAAAGGGGUGCUUUUGCUAAGACUUUGCUGUCAAACUUUCGCUAUGAUCUUAUUGGACACUGGAAUUUGGUAAGCAGCGUUUAUGUAUGGAUCGGAGAAUCUCAGUCUAUUGAUGACGAAGCAAGAAUUUUUUUACUGAAAGCAGUGAUUGCAGGGUGUAAGUCAAAUGAUGAUGGCUGGGCACAAAGUGACGAAGCAAACAGACCAAGUUCAGCUUCAUCCUCUGAAACUAGCUCAGAUUAACUGAAAGAGGCAGGAAACUUGGAGAGAAUGAAUCAUGGAAAGCAUCUUGCAACAGUAGAGCACCUUUUAAUGUUACUAAUUUACCAUUCAAUAUCAAUUUUGUGGAGAUGUUAUAGUAUGUUGUCUUUUAAUG